GGAUAAUAACUUUGACGUUAAUUUCGUAAUUCAACUGAAAUUCAAAUAUUUACUUUUAGCUGAUCUAUACUUGAAAAAAAUAAGCUACUGAUAGCGGUGCAUGUCCUGUUUGAAAAACAAUAACAAACAGACGAUAAUAAUUCAAUUAAUUUUGUGACGUUUGCUGUAUGUGUUCUAGUUAUGAUUAAAAUUAAUACUUUUUAAUUAUAAAAAGGUGUCCCUUAUAAUGGAGAAGAAAAAUAAAAGAGAAUUGCUAUCUAUAAUCGAAGAUCAAGAUAAAAAUUUACUGAAGUAUAAAUCUCGCUUACAUGAUAUUAUUGGAUCUUAUAAAAAUCUGUUAGCUGAAAAAGAAACUCUUCAAAACAGCAUUAAAACUCUCACAGAAGCUUCUGUUGUAAUAUCUACGGAUGAAACAAGUGAAAAUAAUGAGAAUGAUCUUUCCUCAGAAAAGAAGAAUGAGCUUUGCAUCCAAAACCUAAAGAGCAGUUUAGGUGCAUUAACGAUUGAAAGAGCCCGCAUUGAAAAUGAAUUAAAAACAGAUAGGAAGAAAAUUUUGCAACAGAAGGAGGAUCUAGAAAAAAAACUUGUUGAUUCAGAAAAUAAGUAUUUUCUUGAAAAAGAAAAAUGUGACAAGCUCAUAGUGGAGUUAAGAAGGAAAAUUAGUGACCAACAAAGAGAAAGAGAUAAAGAACAACAAGAUCAUGUCUUGAUGUUAAAAGAACUUCAAAAUGUUCUUGCAAAUGAAAGAGCUAUGAAGGAAAAAUUAGAGCAACAGAUCAGUGAACUUUUACAAAAAUUUAGUGGUAAGCUUUCUGAGAAAAAGAUUACUGAAUAUGAGAGAACUUUUGAUGAUUUGCGAGCUGAAUUGAAGUCCACCCGAGAGAAUUUGAAUGCUGCAAGAAAUGAAGUAAAGAAAAAAGAAAUUUUGAUUCUGAAAAUGCAAGAAGAAAUUCAUGAAAUGAAGUCUCAAUACCAAUCAAAGAUUAAUGAAGAAAAACUUCGAGCUGACACUGCUGAGGAGAAACUAGGGAUGCUAGUUUUUGUUAAAGAAGAAAGAAUAGCUAAUUUAGAGAGCAGAGUGUCUGAAUUAUCUUGUAUAAUUGGUGAUCAUGACAAAAUAAAAUUGCAAGAUCAAAUUACCAUUGAAAAACUUAAAGCUAGAAUAUCUCAACUUCAAAAUGAAUGUGCUGCAUUUUCAUCCCAUAUUUCUACUGAUGACUCCAAAUUAUUGGAAUUCAGGCAAUUUACUGAGGUUAAAGAUACUGUACAAAGACCUAGAACUCAUUCUGAGCCAUUGUAUGUUAAUACAGACAAUUCCCACACUGAAGAAAACCUUCAUUUACAUUGCCUAGUUGAAAUAUCAGAGCUUAAGAAAGAAUUAGAGCAAUAUAAAGCAAAGUGUGAAUCUGUUCUCAGGGAAAGAUAUAACAAAUCAUCAGCAGCUUUACUUUCGGAUGCAAAAGCUGGAAAAGAAAUUAAAGAAUUGAAGAGUAAAGUGGCACACAUGCAAGACCAAUUACAAUCAUGCAAGUCCCAAUUGAAGCUAAAUGAAGAAUAUCAUAGUAAAAUAACUUCUAACUUGGAGAAGGCCUGUGAAGACUUAAAAUUAAUUCAUAAACAAGAAAUUGUUCAAAUAGAAGCAUCCGGUAAGGCACAUCUCAUAGAACUAGAACACCAAAUACAAAAGCAACGGGAAAGAACUCUGCUAUUGUUGGAAGAAAAAGAUAAAGAGAUUAGUCAUCUAAAAUCUUCAUUCCUCUCUUCAUUUAUUCAGAAGGAGAAAAAACCUGAUGGAGAUGUAGCAGAACAUGCCGAAUUAUCAGCAAUAGACCAAGAAGCUGCCACAAAUAUUUUAUCACAUUCCCUCAUAUCAAGUAAAAAAGAUGGACACAUACUACAUUACGUUCAGGAACUAGCUAGAAAAGAUGUAGAGAUAUCAAACCUUCGACAAUCUCGCAUUCAAUCUGAAUCAAAUGUGAGAAAGCUCGAGCAAGCUCUGAGUACCAUUAAAGAGAAGUACUUUGAUGAAGUUGAUGCCCUUAAAUCAAGAAUAAAGUUAUUGGAGAGUACUCAAGAUCAAGAAGGUACUAAUGUAGAGUACUUAAAAAAUGUUGUAUUACGAUUUUUGAAAUGCAAUGAUUACAAUAGCAGAAAGCAUAUGAUUAAUGCUAUUGCCACGGUUCUACAUUUCACUACAAAUGAGAUACAAGAUGUAAAAGGUUAUAUAUAAUAUCAAUGUAUCCUGAUUAUUCCUAUCUGUAAAUCUAAUGAUAUUGUUAAAUUUUUAAUGUCCUAUUUGUAAAUAUAUUAACUGCAAUGAUUGUUAAACUUUUUAUGUCCUACUUGGUAAAUAUCUUCUUCUAUAGCUCUUCAGCCCUUUGUGGACCCUGGCUUGUUCCAAAAUUCUAUUCCAUACCGGCCCUCUCUCUUGACUUCUCCCUCCACCUACAGAUCUUCAUUAUUUUUAAAUCACUAAUAACGUCUUACUUCCACCUUUUUGGCCUGGUUCUUAUAGGUGCCCAGUUAUUGUCUCUCUCCUAUCUAUGUGUCCAAGCCAUGAGAGGCGCUUGGAUUUGAUAAAGCAAACAAUAUUUCUUCCUUUUAUGAUUUUCUCAAUUUCUAGGUUCGAUCUAAUUCUCCAUUUGCCUGUAUCAUUAUUAGAUCCUAUUAUUCUCCUCAGAACCUUUCGUUCUAACACCAGCUAGUCAUUAUCAUCUUUUUUGGUCAUUGUCCAGGUUUUACUUCCAUAUGUCACAAUUGGCCUAAUCAUAGUUUUAUAAAGUCACCUUUUUAAAGAUUUUGUAAGUAAUUUAUUUUUUAAAAGGUAACUGUAUACAAAGUGUGACCGGUUUCCUUUAAGAAUUUUUGCAUGUAUUUCUUCGGAAAUACUUUCUGAAUCAGUGAUGAUGGAGCCAAGGCGGGUGCAACUAUGCACUCUUUCAAAGUAUCAGCAUAAGUGCAAAUCUGAUCAGUUUUCAGCAUAAGUGCAAAUCUGUGAUUUUUUGUUGCAGAUGUUUCCUUUUAAGUCAAGUUGAUGAACAUGCUUCAGAAUCAAUUUAAAUAACAGAGUUGAGAGUGCACCACACUGUAGAUGCCAGCAUUUAUAUUAAAUUCAUUUCUGCAUGAUAACUGUGGCCUUGGUGUCACUUAGGGCUAUUUCAAUUAGUUUGACUAAUUUUUUUGGUAUUCUUAGCUCAGCUAAAACAUUUAUCAUUUUCUUUCUGUCAACCUUUGGUGAAUAUAUUGGUUCUAUUGUUUAACUUUUAACAACCUAAAUUUUUUAAUUGUUAAAAAUGUGUAAAUUUGUUUUUCCCAAUACUAAUUGAAAUAAUGACUAAACAUCUGUUAUUCUGGAAUACCUGUUGUAUCAGUAGGUAUUCCAGAAAGUUAGCAGGUAUACCAUAGGCAAAAUGUAAAUUGAAAACAUUUUAUUUAUUAAAAUAAAUUAAUUACCUACUUUCUUAAAAAUUCAAUUCAAUAUUCAUAUAGAAUUAUCAUUUAAUUCAAAAUGAAAAGUUCGGUGAAAAGAUUUUUUAGGACAUAAAAAGUUUAACAUAAUUAAUAUAGAGUUAAAAGUGAAGUCUUACAAAAACAUAUAUUUUUAUA